GCCCCGUCCCCCGGCCCGGCCGCCCCCGAGGCCCCCGGGCGGGCCCGAGCUUUCGGGGCCCUCUCUCCAGGUGCCACCGGAGCCCCCUUGCCCGCCCGCCACCCUCGAGGCGCCGCGACCCUCAGCCCGGCCUCACGGCCCCGCUGGGGCCAUGGCGAAAAAGAGCGCUGAAAACGGUAUCUAUAGCGUGUCUGGUGACGAGAAGAAGGGUCCUCUCAUCGUGCCCGGGCCCGACGGUGCCCCAGCCAAGGGCGAUGGCCCUGCGGGCCUGGGGGCGCCUGGCGGCCGCCUUGCAGUACCGCCGCGAGAGACUUGGACACGCCAGAUGGACUUCAUCAUGUCGUGCGUGGGCUUCGCCGUGGGCCUCGGUAACGUGUGGCGCUUCCCCUAUCUGUGCUACAAGAACGGCGGAGGUGUGUUCCUUAUUCCCUAUGUCCUGAUUGCCCUGGUUGGAGGAAUCCCCAUUUUCUUCCUGGAAAUCUCAUUGGGCCAGUUCAUGAAGGCCGGCAGCAUCAAUGUCUGGAACAUCUGUCCCCUAUUCAAAGGUCUGGGCUAUGCCUCCAUGGUGAUUGUCUUCUACUGCAACACUUACUACAUCAUGGUGCUGGCCUGGGGCUUCUAUUACCUGGUCAAGUCCUUUACUACCACUUUGCCAUGGGCUACAUGUGGCCACACCUGGAACACUCCUGACUGUGUGGAGAUCUUUCGCCACGAAGACUGUGCCAAUGCCAGCCUGGCCAACCUCACAUGUGACCAGCUUGCUGACCGCCGGUCCCCUGUCAUCGAGUUCUGGGAGAACAAAGUAUUGAGGCUCUCCACGGGGCUGGAGGUUCCAGGAGCCCUCAACUGGGAGGUGACCUUGUGCCUGAUGGCCUGCUGGGUGCUGGUCUACUUCUGUGUGUGGAAGGGGGUCAAGUCAACAGGAAAGGUAUGGAUAGAUGCUGGGACCCAGAUUUUCUUCUCUUAUGCCAUCGGCCUGGGGGCCCUCACAGCCCUAGGCAGCUACAAUCGCUUCAACAACAACUGCUACAAGGAUGCCAUCAUCCUGGCACUCAUCAACAGCGGGACCAGCUUCUUUGCUGGCUUUGUGGUCUUCUCCAUCCUGGGCUUCAUGGCCACAGAGCAGGGUGUGCAUAUCUCCAAGGUGGCAGAAUCAGGGCCUGGUCUAGCCUUCAUUGCCUACCCACGGGCUGUCACACUGAUGCCUGUGGCCCCACUCUGGGCUGCCUUGUUCUUCUUCAUGCUGCUGCUGCUCGGUCUGGACAGCCAGUUUGUAGGUGUGGAGGGCUUCAUCACUGGGCUCCUGGAUCUCCUCCCGGCCUCCUACUACUUCCGUUUCCAAAGGGAGAUCUCCGUUGCUCUCUGCUGCGCCCUCUGCUUUGUCAUCGAUCUCUCCAUGGUGACUGAUGGUGGGAUGUACGUCUUCCAGCUAUUUGACUACUACUCAGCUAGUGGCACUACCCUACUUUGGCAAGCCUUUUGGGAGUGUGUUGUUGUGGCUUGGGUUUAUGGAGCUGACCGGUUCAUGGAUGACAUUGCCUGUAUGAUUGGGUACCGACCUUGCCCCUGGAUGAAAUGGUGCUGGUCCUUCUUCACCCCACUGGUCUGCAUGGGCAUCUUCAUCUUCAACGUUGUGUACUACGAGCCACUGGUCUACAACAACACCUACGUGUACCCGUGGUGGGGUGAAGCUAUGGGCUGGGCCUUUGCACUCUCUUCUAUGCUAUGUGUACCCCUCCACCUCCUAGUCUGUCUCCUCAGGGCAAAAGGAACCAUGGCAGAGCGUUGGCAGCACCUGACCCAGCCUAUCUGGGGCCUCCAUCACUUGGAAUACAGAGCUCAGGAUGCAGAUGUCAGGGGCCUGACCACCCUGACUCCCGUGUCUGAGAGCAGCAAGGUUGUCGUGGUGGAGAGUGUCAUGUAACAGGCACCCCCAGCUCACAUCACCAGCUCAUCCUUUGGUAGCCAUAGCAGCCCCAACUUUAGCCCCCACUCAUCCCUCCGGGGGCUUGCCUUUCCUUAACAGUUUGGGGGUCUGCCUGGGGGGAGGGGAGGGAGCACCAUGAGUGCUAACAAAAAUAACUUUUUCCAUUUUUAAUAAAACGCCAAAAAUAUCACAACCCACCAAAAAUAGAUGCCUCUCCUCCCAACCCCACAAUCAAGCUGGUAUUUGCAUUGCUUCCAGGCCCUACCUCCUCUCCUUCCCAGUGCCCAGGACCCAUCUCCUAGCCUUGCCAAGCCCACCUGCCUGCCUCCCAAGCUCUGCUCUGUACUAUACCUUUGCCCUAGAAACAACAGUGGCAACUUGGAUAACAGGAGAGGAGGGAAAAUACAGUAGGGCAGGAGAAGAGGACAGUGGAACCAAUGUGAAUAUUGCAGCUGAAUUAUACCCUUCCUACCCCUAUUCUAGAAGCUAGAGAGCCAGUCAGCAAUGGAACCUUGUGUUCCUGCGCCAAUUGCCACCAAUAUUAAUUGUGUGAGCUUGGGUCUGAGUGCUCCCCCCCCCCCGUAUGUAUGUAUGUAUGUGUGUUUGUAUGUGUAGAUCUCUUAUCUCUUAGUGAAGGUGAAUACCAGAAGUAAACACAGCCUCUGGGCAAAGGAGGCUUAUAUUUUGCACAUUUUAUAAGAAAAACUUGAGAGUGAGACUUCUGCUUGUAUAUUUCUAAAAAGCCCCCACCAUCUCCACAUUUCCACUCCUUUCCUUCACAUCCCCACCUUUUCAUCUCUGACCCUAGCCAAGGAGUGUGAAUUUAUAGACUUAAUUUUCAUAGGCAAAACAAAAGUUUCAGGCUGUUGAGUAU